CAUAAAUGCUUGGAGUGUGGAAAGAGCUUCAGUGUGAGCGCAAGCCUUUAUAAACAUCAAAGGAUCCACUCAGGAGAGAAACCUUAUAAAUGCCUGGAGUGUGGAAAGAGCUUCAGUCAGAGGAUCAGCCUUAACGUACAUCAAAGAAUCCAUUCAGGAGAGAAACCGUAUCAAUGCCUGGAGUGUGGAAAGAAGUUCAGUUUUCAAGGAAACCUUUAUGCACAUCAAAGAAUCCACUCAAGGGAGAAACAGUAUAAAUGCCUGGAGUGUGGAAAGAGCUUCAGUCAGAGGGGAGACCUUUAUAUACAUGAAAGAAUUCACCCAGGAAAAAAACCACAUAAAUGCGUAGAGUGUGGAAAGAACUUCAGUCAGAAGGGAUAUCUUUAUAAACAUCAAAGGAUCCAUUCAGGAGAAAAACCACAUAAAUGCCUGGAGUGUGGAAAGAGCUUCAGUCGGAGGGAAAACCUUUAUACACAUCAAAGAAUCCACUCAGGAGAGAAACCAUUUAAAUGCCUGGAGUGUGGAAAGAGCUUCAGUGGGAGGGGAAGUCUUUCUAAGCAUCAAAGAAUCCACACAUGA